AGGCGCCUGGGGCUGCGGGCUGCGGCUGCAGAUGCUGAGCUGUCCGCUGGGUGGGCAGCGCCCCCUCCUCCCCUGAGCCUCCCAGGCGGGCGGGAGCAGAGCCAAAGCAUCUCUAAACUGCACCCGAACCAAAGCGGGAGAGAGCUGGGGGAGACCGGGGACCCCAGCAUCUGACAUUUUAAUUGCAGGUUUGACUUUUUUCCCAAGAUCGCAGCCCUCCCGCCCAGCCCAGAUAUUUUAUCUCCCUCUGGCCUUGGUUGCUGGAUGAAGCCGGGCCUGGGCUUGGUCCCAGGAGCAGGGGAAGAGCGCGUUCGCGGCCCCGCGCAGUCGCCCCAGGGACCCCCGAGCCCUGCGCCCCGGCCAUGGUGUGGCUGAGCCCCGCGCUCCGGUGAGGCGGCGGCGCAGCUGCGAGCCCGGCGGACCCGCCCUGCAGGACGCCUUCCCCAAGGAACGGGGGUCGCCGGACUCCGCGCCCUCCUGCUGGGACUGCGCACCGGGCCCGAGAGGGCGAGCGGUGGCCGCGAUGUUCAGCUGGCUGCGUUCCGAUGACCGCCGCAGGAAGGACCCCGAGGUCUUCCAGACGGUGAGCGAGGGUCUCAAGAAACUCUACAGGACCAAGCUGCUGCCCCUGGAAGAGCACUACCGCUUCCACGAGUUUCACUCCCCCGCCCUGGAGGAUGCUGAUUUCGACAACAAGCCCAUGGUCCUGCUGGUGGGCCAGUACUCCACCGGGAAGACCACCUUCAUCAGGUACCUGCUGGAACAGGAUUUCCCAGGCAUGAGGAUUGGGCCCGAGCCGACCACGGACUCCUUCAUUGCAGUGAUGCAGGGAGAGGUGGAGGGCAUCAUCCCCGGGAAUGCCCUGGUGGUGGAUCCUAAGAAACCUUUCAGGAAACUGAACGCCUUUGGCAAUGCCUUCUUGAACAGGUUCGUGUGCGCCCAGCUGCCCAACCCCGUGCUGGAGAGCAUCAGCGUCAUCGACACGCCGGGCAUCCUCUCCGGGGAGAAGCAGAGGAUCAGCCGAGGGUACGACUUCGCGGCCGUCCUCGAGUGGUUCGCCGAGCGGGUCGAUCGCAUCAUCCUGCUCUUCGACGCCCACAAGCUGGACAUCUCUGAUGAGUUCUCAGAAGUCAUCAAGGCCCUCAAGAACCACGAGGACAAGAUGCGCGUGGUGCUGAACAAGGCGGACCAGAUUGAGACGCAGCAGCUGAUGCGGGUGUACGGGGCCCUCAUGUGGUCCCUGGGGAAGAUCGUGAACACCCCGGAGGUGAUCCGGGUCUACAUCGGCUCCUUCUGGUCCCACCCCCUUCUCAUCCCAGACAACCGGAAGCUCUUUGAGGCCGAGGAGCAGGACCUGUUCAGAGACAUCCAGAGUCUGCCGCGAAACGCUGCCCUGCGCAAGCUGAACGACCUCAUCAAGAGGGCCAGGCUGGCCAAGGUCCACGCCUACAUCAUCAGCUCUCUGAAGAAGGAGAUGCCCUCGGUGUUCGGGAAGGACAACAAGAAGAAGGAGCUGGUGAACAACCUGGCGGAGAUUUACGGCCAGAUCGAGCGGGAGCAUCAGAUCUCACCUGGGGACUUCCCCAACCUGAAGAGGAUGCAGGACCAGCUGCAGGCCCAGGACUUCAGCAAAUUCCAGCCACUGAAAAGCAAGCUGCUGGAGGUGGUGGACGACAUGCUGGCCCAUGACAUUGCCCAGCUCAUGGUGCUGGUGCGCCAGGAGGAGACACAGCGGCCCGCCCAGAUAGUGAAGGGCGGAGCAUUUGAGGGCACCCUGCAUGGCCCCUUCGGGCACGGCUAUGGGGAGGGGGCUGGGGAGGGCAUCGAUGAUGCUGAGUGGGUGGUGGCCAGGGACAAACCCAUGUAUGAUGAGAUCUUCUACACCCUGUCACCAGUGGAUGGCAAGAUCACGGGCGCCAAUGCCAAGAAGGAGAUGGUGCGCUCCAAGCUGCCCAACAGCGUGCUGGGCAAGAUCUGGAAGCUGGCCGACAUUGACAAGGAUGGCAUGUUGGAUGACGAGGAGUUCGCACUGGCCAACCACCUCAUCAAGGUCAAGCUGGAGGGGCAUGAGCUGCCCAACGAGCUGCCUGCCCACCUCAUACCCCCAUCCAAGAGGAAAGCCACCGAGUGAUGGGAGGCGGGGAGGUCCAGAGCAGGCAGGUGUUAGAGGAGAUGGGAGAGGCGAUCACAUACACACAGCCACACACACAUAC